UGUGAGUGCUGUGCUGUGCUGUGCUGUCUGCGUCCAUAACCUAGAUUACGACGCCGCUCUGUCGCUCUCGCUCCUGCAGGCGAGUGCCGAUUUGCCGAAAAGCGAGUCGCCGAGUGCCGUUUAUUAAACGAAAAUUCGCCAAACUGCAAGAGUUCUCUCGAGACUCCUCGUUUUAUGGAAUUUUAUUCAGAAUGAAUGAAAUUGAAGAGCUGCAGGGCCUGGAAAGUGCGUGCCGACUUUGUUUAACGACAGAUGAAACAAGAUCAUCCAUUUUCGGGACAGCACAUUCCGUAGUGCCGUUGACUCAAAAAAUACAGAACUGUGUCACUGUUGAGAUUUCUCAAGACGACACGUUAACAACUUUGAUUUGCAUAACUUGUGUUAACAAAGUGAACCAAUGGCAUCAGUACAAACAAUUGUGUCUCCAGUCUCAGGACAAAUUGAAGGAAUGGUUGACCAGGCAGUCGAAAAAUUCUUCGGUCGCAACUGUAAAGCAAGAACCGAGUACUCAAGAAACCGAAGAAGAAAGCCCACAAUUAUUGCCAGAUAAGGAUAAAAUUCCCGAAGAGACCUCAGCGACAGAGGGUCCCAGCGAUGAAAUUGAAAAGCUUGUCGAAGCUGAAAGACCAGCUGAAGUUGAGACGCCGGUGGAAAUUGAAACACCUGUCGAAAUAGAAACCGAGACAGAUGUGGAACUUAAACUUCCCGUUGUGGAAAUAGAAUCACCGGUAGAAAUUGAAUCUCCGGUGGAAAUUGAAGCACCGAUAGAAAUUGACACUCCCGCGGAAAUUGAAACUCCUGUGGACAUUGAAACUCCCAUGGAAGUCGACACAGUAGUCGAAGAAAGAGUCGAGCGUGAAACGAGAGGCAGUUCCAAGAGAAGAUUGUCCAAAGAGACUCUCAAUGAAGCCAAGCGAUCAGACGCGGUGUCGAUUAAAAUCGAGCCGCCAGACGACGAGCCCCAGGAAAUUGUCGACAUUGUGACGCCCACUGAGAUAUUGCUCCGAAAUCCCUUGGCUACGCCUGUUAACGGGAAAGAGGAUCAGCCGGCGGAGCCCGACUCGACCCAGAAAAUUGUGCCACUCUUGUCGCCGUCACUUCGCGGAAAGAAAAAGGUUCGCCGAGGUCCGCACACCCACUUCCGCGGAGCGCGGAUCUUCAAAAGAAAGUGCCUGCAUUGUCAAAUCAAUCUCCAUUCCAAGACAUCGUACGCAAAACACAUGGCAAGGUUUCACGGCGGUGCGAGUGUCACAGCAUCAGUUCCGAAAGCGCCAACUCCAAGAGUCGCAGCAGCCCCAGCAAAUCCGGCAACUUCGAGAGCCAAGAGUAGUCAAAACGUGAUUCCGGUGGUUGAGACGAGUGCCGACGAUGUCGAGGAAUUGAUCGAGGACGUGGAGGAGGAAUUGGAGAAUUUGGGCGAGGACGCUCCCUUGACGCCCGUCCAGCAGAAUAUCAUCAGUCAGCUCAAGACCUACUCCUGCUACUCGUGCGAUGAAUCAUUCCAGGAUCGGCGGAGCACUCUCAAUCAUAUCAGACAGCACAUGCCGGAUUUGAGAUCUUACACGUGUGUCGCGUGUCUCACCGAAUUUCCCGAUCGGUCCACCUACAAGAAGCACUGCGAAGCUUCGUUUGAGUGCGCGAUGAAGAUUGCCCUGGUGGUUCCGGAUCAGGGAACGGAGAAGUACUUCACCUGCAACAUGUGUCUGCGACCCUUGUCCAAUCGGAAGGAUCUGCUGACGCAUUUGUCGAAGCACUCGGACAAGCAGUACGAAGACCUGAUGUCGCCUGCGGCUCCACCAAAACUCACACCGAUGGUCUCCUCGACGCCGAAUUUGUCGCGACAGUCUGACAUUCCAAUUCGCUCGCCAUACGUGAACGGCGAUCCGGCCUGCAAUCACGAGUGUGACUUGUGCGGAAUGAUCUACCGAUACAAGCCGAAUAUGGUGAAGCAUCGUGAACUCUGCAACAGUUUGCAGCCGGAAGCGCGCACCUCGUACAAGUGUGUCGACUGUGGAAUGACGUUCCUGGUGUUUAGCAAAUUUCACAGUCACGUGACGACCGAGCACAGGAAGAAGGAGUUGAAGUGUCCGAAGUGUGCGGCGAAAUUCCGCUCGCCGAGUGAUUAUCUCGCGCAUCACGAGUACCAUCGAAUGGGGAAGAAGGAGUCGUCGAGCCGAAAUUACAAGAGUCAGGAAGUAGUUGUCGAGGAGGUGCAAGAGAGUCCCCAGAAGCGAAAGUUCAAUUGUACACUCUGCAGUUUGCAGUUUUCCUCGCGAGUCGAACUCACCGAGCAUCGUAAUCUGCAUCUGAAAGUGAAGAUCUACUCGUGCGUGAUUUGCCGCAGCAUGUUUAGUAGCGCCGGAGCCCUGGAAAUUCAUAUGAAGGAUCAUGGCAUUGAUGAUCCGAAUGAGAGAACUGCGAACAGUUCGUGUAUGGAGUAUGGACAGGAGGAGGGUUUAGAUACUUCGAAGAAUUCGAAUCCGCCGCUCCGGAAGAACGAGUGUUUUGAGUGCGGCAAGACAUUUUCGAAUUACGCGAAUCUGCGAAGGCAUAUAAGGAAUGCGCACGAAGACGAGCGACGCAUUGACUGUUCGGAGUGUAUUCGAACAUUCAAGAGCAAGGAGGCCUACGAAGAUCAUCUGCGGAGUGCACACAAUCCCGAGAAAACUGUCCUGCAGUGUCCACAGUGUCCGAAAACGUUUGUUUUCCAGGCGAAUUUGGAUCUGCAUCGGCGCAAUGUGCACAUUAAUAAGCCGGAGCCGAGCAAUCACGAGUGCGAUGUGUGUGGUAAAUCAUUCCUGGAGGAAUCUUCGCUGAAGAUCCAUCGCGGCUGGCACAAUCGCGCCAAUUCGCGUUUUAGUCUCGAAAACUAUGAGAGAGAUCAACUCGCAUCGCCGAAUCCGAGUGUUGCCAAACCGGCAAAGGCGAGAAAGUCUUUCCCGAAUGUUCCUCUUCAGCAGCAAUUGCAACUCCAGCAGCAUCAUCAUCAUCAGCAGCAGCAGCAGCGUCAGCAGCAGCGGCAAUUGCCCGAGCUUCAGUGUCAGGUCUGCGAUGACAAGUUCUUCGACGUCGCGGAAUUGCGGAAACAUGUUUGGGAUGUUCAUUGUGCUCGCGCAACCAAAGUCGAGAAACCGUUUGUUGUCGACGACCUGCAGUGUGAACUCUGCACGAAUAUCCUGCCCGAUCAGCAGAGUCUCGAGGCGCACAUGGAGUGGCACGAGCGCAAUCCAAUUUUGAGCAACAACUAUGGAAACACAAAUGCCUACCGUUGCGAUGUUUGUGACAAGUAUUAUAGUUCACUCAAGAUCCUUGCGAAGCACAAAAAGUUGCACAAGCAGGUUGCCCAACCACUGAGAUUCCAGUCGCUCCCGAUCAAGAGGCCUUCGUGCAACGUUUGCGGCAGAUGCUUCACGGCCGAGUCUUCGCUGAAAAGGCACAAGGCAAUGUCGCCCGAGUGCCAGUCUUAUUUGUCCGGAAGAUUGACGGAAGUGCCGAGAAAUCCGGAGGAUUCGAUGUUCAAGAAGAAGCCCGUUACCUGUCACAUUUGCAAGACUGUCUUCCCGAGUAUGAGUAUUCUGUAUCAGCACAAGCAGCUGGCGCACAAAGUGGGCUUCAACAAGGACAGGAAAUCGCCGAGCGGUGAGUGUGUCCCGUUGGCGAGUGGCGAGGGUGGUGUUUCGUGCAAUGUUUGCGGCAAGCAGUUCCCCGGGCUCUCCAAUCUCAAGCAGCACUUCACGAUCAAGCACAAAAAUGUUAGCCAGCAUCCGUGCACGAUUGCCAAUUGCAAAAUGAUCUUUUCCACGUCGCACGCACUGAAAAAUCACGAACUCACGCACUCGAACAUGAUCUACAGUUGCGGUCUCUGCGAGAGGCACUUUUUCCAUCGAGGCGCGAUCAUCAAGCAUGUGUUCAACGCCCACAAGAUGAUUUACCAAGCGACGGGCGACAAGGAUUCUCUCUUCAAGGAGACCGAUUUGAGUACGUAUGUCGUGAAAGGCGCGACUGGGACUGUUUGUCCACGAUGCAGAGUCAAGUAUCCGAAUAUUAAGGCUAUGAAGAUUCACUACUUCAAAUUCCACGAGACUUUUGCCUAAAGCGUAGGAGUUUCCAGUUUAGGUGGGGUUCAGUUUUCCUUUCUUCUUCUUCUUUUUUUUUUUAAUGUCCAUAUGUCGAUUCUCAGUUAAAUAAUCCAGAUUUUAUUUCAUACUUCCUUGCUCCCAAAAAUGGGUUUCGUUCCCGUGGCCGGAUAAAUGAUUUGUGCCAAAUUUCAGUCAAAUCGGUUAAUAUUUGCCCCUGCGGCCUUGAAAGUUUUUUUUUAAUAUGAUCAAGGACAUGUGAGGCAACCUCAAUUUUUUUCCGCUCAACUGGAUAUCGCAUUUCGUGUGAAUGUAAGUUGGACGAAAAAAAAAAUGUUUUAGGUUAUGUCACAUGGCUCCAACAUGGAGAGAACCAAAAACCGAAUAUCUUUCUCAGUUUUUGUCGAAAUGACUAAAAAUUUUCUUCGAUGACGAAAAGCGACUCUUUAGAUCACGGAAAAAUAAUUAAUUUUCCCCCUUUUCAAGGAAAUUGUCUCGAAUUUCAUCAAAUGAGCAAGUUUAUCCGCAAGAUAUUCAAGAUGGCGGCUAGUCAAAUGAAUUUUUUCGGCUAUUUGAACGAAACCCAGUCUCGGGAGUCGAUUAUUUUUUACUGCACAUUUGCCAUAAUCUCCAUUUAACUUUCAUAUAAUUUUCUCACUUUACAUUUUCCAUAAUUUUUAUUUGCUAUUCUGUUGAAUCGAAUUUUUAUUUACUCAAAUUUCCUGUGUUGAAUAUUUUCAUUUUUUUAUUUACUACAAUCAACAAAAUAAUAAUUUAUUCUGAAGAAUAGAAAUAAUGGUGAAUAGAAAUUCGAUUAAAAGUGUAAUUAAUGGCAAAUAAAAAAAAUUGACACAUGCGCCAUCUAGUGCAGAAAUAAAGACUAGAAAAACUAGUAGUAAUUUUAAAGGUAAGUCAUAAACCUACUAAUAACGAAGAUAUGUAUUGGAAACGAAAAAAAUUACUCUUUAUCAAGAUUUUCAUUAGAAUGAAAAGGUGCCUUUGUUUUACACUCCACUGAAAAAUCGUAAAAAGAUUGAUGCAAAAAUUAAUUUUUUUAAGAUUCUGCUUAAUCUUUAUAGUUAUUAUUUUUUGCACCAGAUGGCGAAUCGCGAUCCCCAAUUGAGUAUUCUAACAUUACGUCACACACUUGGACUGCAAAUCAUUCUUUAUAUAGGAUUUUGACUAAAAUUGGUUCAUUUAGGCGAAAGUAGGUGAAAAAUUCUGCUGUAACUUUGCUUUCCAGAUAGAAAAGCCAUUUCUUUAAUUAUUGUUGGCAAUUUGGAAAUUUGUUUAUUUCAAAAAUCUCUGGUCAAUCCUCAAAUCUUGUUAAAUUAUUUUUUAAUCGUUUAAAAUGAAACUUUAAAAUCCCGUCAAAUCCCUAAUAAUUUCUUAAAAUCACUCGAAUUCUUAGAUAUCUUGUUAGAUUUCUUUAAAAUCCUUCGAAUUUUUUGAAGUCCCUUUAAAAUUUUUCAAGUUUGACUAAAAUUAAUUAAAAUCUUUCAAAAAUGACUAAAAUCACUUAAAAUCCUUGAAAGUCUCUGACAUAUCUUCGAAUUCUUUAAUAACCAUUUAAAUGUCUUGAAAUCUCAAAAGUUCAUCCAAAAUUUCAUGAAACUAUAUAAAAUCACUUAUUACCGAAAAGUCUUAUGACAUAAGUCGCCGGGAAUUCAGGUUAUAAUCUCAAUUACGGCACAUUGUAAUUUUUCGUGACGGAUUGCCUAAUCGCACACUUUUUAAAUUGCCAAUAAUUAAAGAAAUGUCUUUUCUAUCUUAAAAACAAACCUAUAUCACGAUUUUUGACUUACUUUCAUCCAAAUAAAUUAAUUUCAAACAAAAUCCUAUGUAAACAAUGAUUUGCAUUCCACCAAGCGGUAAAGCAUUAUAGAUUUCGACGUUACCGACCGAGUGUAACGUAAAGUUAGAAUACUCAAUAAUUAUUAUAUGCAAAACUUUCAUGGUUGUUUUGUGAAGUUUAAAGCGAUCAUUAAAUGAUAAAAUUAAGUACACAGAAAACUGUUUUAAAGAUUCAUCUUCAUUCAGGAGGCAAUUCGUGAAAUUAAUUUUUUCGCAUCGAGUUCAUAUCUACAUUAUCAUUGCGUUUAUGCCCAUAUAUUUCGGUGGCCAUGAACCUAGUAAUAACGAAGAUUAUCACGAUUUUCAUCUGAAGCUUUCUAGUUCUUAUUUUUGCCACCAGAUGGCAAUUCGUGAUUUGCUGUUGGGUAUUUCAUGUUAGAACGUCAGGUAGCAAUAUGGCUGCAUGUCGAGGGUCAAACGAUAAUACCAAUCUCGUGAAUCAAACUUUAAUAUUUUUAAUAGCUUGGAAAAAAAUUAUUCUUGCGAAAAUCACAAGUAAUAUCCGAAUAAACUUUAUAAUGACAAAUUAUUAUUUUCGGAGUUAUUAAAAAAAAUUGUUGAAAGGUACGCGAGAAUAGAGAUGGCCGAAAACUGAAGAAUGUCCGGGUUAAUUGGAAAUAAUGGCAAGUAGCAAAUCAAAAGAAACUUCAGUCCCACUUUUUUUUCUUGCAAAUAAUUCAUGCACCACUUUUGUUUUAACCAUUAUAAUAAACGUAAGAGUUAGUUUUGCAUCAACGAUGCGAUGUCUCAUUUUGAUAAGUUUAGUAUUCAUAUAAGUUUUAACAUUGAUUAUCGAUUGUCGAUUAUUUCCAAGGGCAAUAUAUAAUUUAUAGAGUUGCAUUAGAAUCACAAGAGCAAAGACUUUGAAAUAUAUAUCAUUUAUCGAACAGUAGGAUUUUUGUUCUUAGGGAAAGCGAGUGAAUGAAUAAUAUAUAGUUACCUCCAAAUUGUAUAGGAUAGUUUUUUUUUUUUUUUAAUGUUGUAAUUUAAGAUUAGUUGUAUGAAAAGUUUGUUGAGACGGUAUCUAUAUGAUUUUAAAAUAUUCGUAUUUUUGUGUACGUCAUAAAUUGAAGAUUUGGAGUCUCCACGUUUGAGCUUAUAGCUAUGAUUGAUUAUUCUAAACAUAGUAAGCAUACCAAACUGUAAGACACGCGUUGACCUGCAUUUGAGACUUUUUGAGUCACAUUUGUGUAGGACCAAUAAAACAAAGAAGUUGCAAUGUCUU